AUGGCUGAAAAAUGUCUCUUAAUGACUUCUCUAGCAAUUCUUGUUUGUCACCCAAGUUCUACUAUUAGAUGUUUCAAACCAAAGGGAAAUUCCACUUCUCCUAAAAAAGAAAAGAAUCCUUCUUCUCCUCCUCAAAAAACUAGUUCAAAUCCACUUGAAAACAAAGGGAUAUCAAAAUCAAGAAAGGUAUUAGUUUUCAACUCUUGUACUAACCUUUGUGAUUCUCCAAAAUUGAACGUGCACAAACCACUUAAGCUUUUAGAAGAGAUCGUUGAAGGGAAACCUUCAAAAACCAUUGUGGAAGCUAUUUUUCGUUCCGGAUGGAAGCGUGGAGUGGGAUAUACAAUUGAAAAAAUCUUGAAAGUGAAUCAUAGUGAGAAGGUUUGUGAAAGUUUUGAAGAAUGCAAGAAGAUGGUAAAUUCAAGAUCCACGAGAUCGUCUAGUAAAAGACAAGCAGAGAGAGUUUUCUACCAUGGUGCAACGAUUACUUGUUCGUUAGGUGUUCAUAAGUGUCCAAGAAUUUGUAGCAAGAAAAGUUGUGGUUUAUGCAAAAUCAUAGGCCAAAAUUAUGGAAAUGAGAAAACUAAUUGGCCUGAAUCAUUAUCUACUAGUAGUUGGAGUGCACAUAGAAAAAUUGUUAAGCAAUUUGGAGAUCAUGGAGUUUCAAAGAAUGCUAUUAUAGUUUCAAGAGUGAUUGCAUCCUGCAGAGGAGAAAACAAAGGAGAGUUGAAUUCAAUUAAAGUAAAGAGGAAUCAGUUUGAUGGUACUAAAGAGGUUAAUAUUUUGAAUCCAAGGGCUAUAUUGCCUUGCUUUGUUAUCAUAUAUAGCUUAUCUUAG